AUGGGUAAGGACGACAAGACUCACAUUAACAUCGUCGUUAUCGGCCACGUCGAUUCCGGCAAGUCGACCACCACCGGUCACUUGAUCUACAAGUGCGGUGGUAUCGACCAGCGUACCAUUGAGAAGUUCGAGAAGGAAGCCGCCGAGCUCGGUAAGGGUUCCUUCAAGUACGCCUGGGUUCUUGACAAACUGAAGGCCGAGCGUGAGCGUGGUAUCACCAUCGACAUUGCCCUCUGGAAGUUCCAGACCGCCAAGUAUGAGGUCACUGUCAUUGAUGCCCCCGGUCACCGUGACUUCAUCAAGAACAUGAUCACUGGUACCUCCCAGGCCGAUUGCGCUAUCCUCAUCAUCGCUUCCGGCACUGGUGAGUUCGAGGCUGGUAUCUCCAAGGAUGGCCAGACUCGUGAGCACGCUCUGCUUGCUUUCACCCUCGGUGUGCGUCAGCUCAUCGUCGCCCUGAACAAGAUGGACACCUGCAAGUGGUCUGAGGACCGUUACAACGAGAUCGUCAAGGAGACCUCCAACUUCAUCAAGAAGGUCGGCUACAACCCCAAGAACGUUCCCUUCGUCCCCAUCUCCGGCUUCAACGGUGACAACAUGCUUGAGGCCUCCCCCAACUGCCCCUGGUACAAGGGCUGGGAGAAGGAGACCAAGGGUGGCAAGGCUACCGGCAAGACCCUCCUCGAGGCCAUCGACGCCAUUGAGCCCCCCGUCCGUCCCUCCAACAAGCCCCUCCGUCUUCCCCUCCAGGAUGUCUACAAGAUCUCUGGUAUCGGAACUGUUCCCGUCGGUCGUGUUGAGACCGGUAUCAUCAGCCCCGGCAUGGUUGUCACCUUCGCCCCCGCCAACGUCACCACUGAAGUCAAGUCCGUUGAGAUGCACCACCAGCAGCUCAAGGAGGGUACCCCCGGUGACAACGUCGGCUUCAACGUCAAGAACGUCUCCGUCAAGGAGGUUCGCCGUGGUAACGUUGCCGGUGACUCCAAGAACGACCCCCCAUGGGUCGGCGCUGGUUACGCUCCCGUCCUCGAUUGCCACACUGCUCACAUUGCUUGCAAGUUCUCUGAGCUGCUCGAGAAGAUCGAUCGCCGUACCGGCAAGUCUGUUGAGGACUCCCCCAAGUUCAUCAAGUCUGGUGACGCUGCCAUCGUCAAGAUGGUUCCCUCCAAGCCCAUGUGUGUUGAGGCUUUCACUGACUACCCCCCUCUUGGUCGUUUCGCCGUCCGUGACAUGCGUCAGACCGUCGCUGUCGGUGUCAUCAAGUCCGUCGACAAGAGCGCUGGUGGUGCCGGCAAGGUCACCAAGGCCGCCCAGAAGGCUGGCAAGAAAUAA